AUCCCCGCCGCCCGCGACCCGGGCCAGGGCCAGGGCUCCGCCUGCCCGCUGGGGGCCCGCGACGGCCCCGACCGCCAGCUCCACAGCGACGUGGUGGUGGUGACCCCGGCGCCGCUCAACCUGGACCCCCGCGUCUCCAUCUACAGCAUCCGCAGACCUCUGCUGAGCCGCAGCAACCUUCAGGGCAGGGUCUAUAACUUUCUGGAGAGACCCACGGGCUGGAAGUGCUUUGUCUACCACUUCACCGUUUUCCUUAUAGUGUUGAUCUGCCUUAUAUUCAGCGUGCUUUCUACAAUUGAACAGUAUGCAGCUCUGGCCACAGGGACAUUAUUUUGGAUGGAAAUUGUAUUAGUGGUGUUUUUUGGAACAGAGUAUGUCGUUCGUCUGUGGUCAGCAGGAUGUCGUAGUAAAUAUGUUGGAAUAUGGGGAAGGCUCCGUUUUGCCAGGAAGCCUAUUUCGAUCAUUGAUUUAAUUGUAGUUGUUGCUUCAAUGAUAGUUCUUUGCGUGGGCUCUAAAGGUCAAGUGUUUGCAACCUCAGCUAUCAGGGGUAUCCGUUUUCUGCAGAUCCUGCGAAUGCUGCAUGUUGAUCGUCAGGGUGGCACAUGGAGACUGUUGGGAUCAGUUGUUUUUAUACAUAGACAAGAGCUGAUAACCACAUUAUACAUUGGAUUUCUGGGCCUGAUCUUUUCCUCUUAUUUUGUGUAUCUGGCUGAAAAAGAUGCUGUGAAUGACACAGGAGAAAUAGACUUUGGCAGCUAUGCGGAUGCCCUAUGGUGGGGAGUUGUGACUGUUACGACUAUUGGUUAUGGGGAUAAGGUGCCUCAGACUUGGAUAGGAAAGACCAUUGCUUCUUGUUUUUCAGUUUUUGCUAUUUCAUUCUUUGCCCUUCCUGCGGGAAUUCUCGGUUCAGGUUUUGCCCUAAAGGUGCAACAGAAACAAAGGCAGAAGCACUUUAACCGUCAAAUUCCAGCCGCUGCCUCCCUCAUUCAGACUGCGUGGAGGUGUUAUGCAGCAGAAAACCCAGAUUCUUCUACGUGGAAAAUAUACAUAAGAAAACCUGCUAGGAACUAUCAUUUGAUGUCACCAAGUCCAAAACCAAAGAAAUCUGUAAUGGUAUCGGUGAAAAAGAAGAAGUUUAAGCUAGAGAAGGACAAUGGACCAUCUUCCCCUGAUAAAAUAUUAACUGUACCACACAUCACUUAUGACCAUGUGAUGGAUGACAGGAAAUCUGACUUUAGUAUUGAUGCAUAUGACAGUUCUGACCGUCAGCAUUCCUGGGCAUCACUUUCUGCAGAGCAACAGUCCUCCAGUGCUCCUUCUUCUCCAGUGAAAAAAAGUCCUGGGUUCUUAGAUGUGAACACAGGACCCUUCAUCAGGACCAACAGCUUUGCAGAUGAGCUUGACCUGGAGGGUGAGACAUUGCUGACCCCAAUAACUCACAUCUCACAGCUGCGAGAACACCACCGUGCUGCCAUUAAGGUGAUACGUAGGAUGCAGUAUUUUGUGGCAAAGAAAAAAUUUCAGCAAGCAAGAAAACCAUAUGAUGUACGAGAUGUUAUUGAACAGUAUUCUCAGGGGCAUCUCAACUUGAUGGUGCGAAUCAAAGAGUUACAGCGAAGGCUCGACCAAUCUAUAGGGAAGCCAUCUCUCUUUAUUUCUGUCUCAGAAAAAAGCAAGGAUCGAGGGAAUAACACAGUUGGUGCCAGGUUGAACAGAGUGGAAGACAAGGUAACACAAAUGGACCAGAAGCUGAACCUCAUCACAGAUAUGCUGCAGCAUCUAGUUUCCAGUCAGCAGGGAGGCCAAGGCAGCAACAGAUCAUCUCAAAGAAGCAAUGCUGUUAAUCCAGAUAUCUUCCUCCCUAACAACACUCUCCCAACCUAUGAACAACUGACAGUACCAAGAAGAGUCCAAGAUGAUAUAUCAUGAUAUAGUUUUUCCCCUCACCCUGCCUCUUUUUCCCUUGUGGAACUGAAGGUUGUGAAUCUGGAAGGUAUUAAGCUCAGCAGCCAUAUGAAAGUAUACAUGACUACUGUACCGAGCUAACACACCUUAAAGCCUCUGUGGUGUGUUGUUUUAACAUAGUACAUUCUUAAGUUCCAUUUUUAUGUUAUUCAAGAACAAUAGAGUAUGAUUUAUUGUUGCUCAGAAAGACCAAAACUACAUAUAACACAGGCAGAAUGGCAAGGAAUUUGUGUUUCCUUUUCAGAAAAGAAAUAAUAAUACUUGAACUUAGUAAUAUGUACAUUCUGUUUAUGAAUCUGCUGAUAGCAAUAGAGUUUGCUAGUUAGAUUUUUCAAGAUCGGGUAAUUUAUGUUGGGUUUCUUGUAUAAACAUAUCGCUAACGUUCUAGAGAAUGACAAACCACACACUGAAUGAUUUUCCUUUUUUCUGUUUCCAUUUUAGGUUGUUACAUAAACAUUUAUCUGAUAUUGACUAGAUUUUUUUUUUAAUCUGUUUUUCUUCAGGGAAGAACUAAUGCUUAAUCUGGGACAAUAUUAUUUAUAGAGGGAGGUGCUGUAGAUUUCUUUUUGAGAAAUGAAUUUUUGUUAGGGACGAAAAAUACUGAACAGACAAAAGGAAUUAUUUUGCUUUCUAGAAAAUAGCUGCCAAAGAAUUUAUCAAUAAAUACCUAGCACUGUUAUCUGAAUGUGCUUGUCCAGAAAGUCUUGUAGAAAAGAAAGUUCACUGCUUUUAUAUUUUUCUAGAUCUAUUUUGUCCAGCUUUUUUUUCUUUAAUCUUUAACAAAAUGCAUGCAAAAAGUCUAAUGAAACUGGAUCUUGUUGGUCAGAUCACUGUACCUGCCAGUUUUUGAUCCUUCACAGUUCUCAUAGGAAGAGAGAUGCCAACUUAGGACAUCUUUUAAGUCUGUAUGGGGACUUAACGUUAAGCAUGGACUUAGGUGCUUUUCUGAACCAGGGUCUGAGGUCUCUUAGCUCAUUGCCCAGUAUCAUAAAGGCUCUAGUCCUUAUGUAAGGGACCAAGGGCCUGAGCUAAACCCAUUGAAGUAAAAGAUUUCCAUUGAUUUGCAUGGCCUUUGGCUCAAGCCCCAGAUCCUGCUCACUGUUCACGGGUACCCCUUCCUCAAGCCAGAGGGCCACAUUCUGCCAUCAUUUACGCCAUUGUAAAUCUCAGGUAACUUCACAGAAGUUAACAGAGUUACACUAUAUUUCUGUUUGUAAUAAUAAGCAGAAUUUGGCCUCACAUGACUACUCUCACAUACAAAAGUGAGCAGGAUUUGGAUUUAGAAGAAAUAAGCUGCAAUGCAUCCCUGUGUAAAAAAGGCAGAAGCACAAGGCCUGUGCACAAUUUGCACCCUACUUGAGGAUUUCAAUGGGAGUGGUGCAAUUUGCUCUCUCCACACCAGCAAGGCAUUUUAUCCUGAAUGUAAAGGAAAGGGAGUGAUUGAAUACUAGAGGUUGCCAAACAAAUUCUUAGCCCAAAUUACUAACCGGGUUAAUUGCUGGUAAAGGAAGCCGGUGAUGAGGGGAGUUCACUGACUUUGUUUCACUGCUUUAGUGAUAUAUGUAAAUAGCCAAGAUCUGAAUUUUUAGUUGGAAAGGAAUUGGACUUCACAAAUAAUGCUACAAAAUUGAUACCCUCUAUCCACAUAAUAUUACAUAGCAGCUCGCUUCACCACACUAACAUAUAACAGUAAUCAGAAAAACUGGUGUGCAUCAGACUGAGCUCACAGGGAAUCUUUUCAGAUUGUUGCUUAUAUUUACAGGUUUUGUUUUAAACAUUUCACAUAUCUCAGUUGGACUUUAGAGAAAAUCAUACUGUAUCUAUUUUACAGACUGUGGUAAAAUUAUUCAAUUUUGCUGCUGUAUGGUAGUUAAAUGUUAAGGGUGUCAAAAUUUACAGAUGUAAACAGGGAUUAUUUCUGGGCAUUAUGUUUCAUAGAAAUCAAAAAUAAUUCUGAUGACUUUUAAUCUGUUUUUAAUGAGAUUCACUUUGUAAUUUCAGGUUAAUAAUCUGCCUGUUAAUUUCCUAAUAAAAUAUAGGACA